UAAGACUACUCACUAUAUCUGUGUAAUACUGUAAUAUAUGCUACUGGUAUAUAAACAUAUUUUGUAUGUCUGCUGGUACGUCAACGUGAGCACUGAGUGAUGAAGUAUUAAAGAAAAAAAAUAUUGUCUCCAGUCACGCAGCCAUAUAUAUGGCACUGGGGGGUGCGGAUGGUUAUCUGUGGCUCAAUGCAUUCUACAUGCAUCUGCGCAAUUUUCGGGCACCUGGAAUGAGACCACGAAUUACAAUGAACAAAGACGUCAGACUCAGUGCAUAGUGCAUCUUUUAAGAAAGGCCUGUUGUGAGUGGUUGAGGGUGCAGAUCCUGAUGAGGUGUCGGCUGUCAGUUUGUCACGGAAUUCACGGGUCAAGUUAUUUACUACUGCCUUAAAGUCGCAUCGAGAGAUUAAUUUCAGCGCCAACACCGGGAAAGACGCUUGAUUUCAGCCUUACGUGCCACGCAAACCGAGGCAAGGGGAAACACCAAAUGUCCCCACACACUGGAAGCUAAAUAUAGCCAGGCUAUGACGCGCUGACCAAACCCAUCUACUUUAAGACUCACUUGUUAUGACAGUAGUGACAGUAUGAAUGUAGUGUCCUAUUUAUGACACGACAACGAAGGAUCGGUCGCGUCGCGUUAUCAAAAUAAUUUCAAACCCAGUCAACUUGAGACGCUGACACACAAACUUAGAAUAUACUGCAUGCACGGUUAGUCGCAGACAAAGGAGAAAAACACUGAGCAGUUGUCGUCAAGUAAUCAUACAUAACUUCGUGUAGCGUCUUCCUGGAGAGAAUUUCAGUAAAAUCGAGGCACCAGGAGAAGAAUAUCGGUAUAAACACAACGUCAACCAUGCCGGAGUCGAAAUCGCUGACGACUUUGGACAGGCGACAACGAAUACUGCUAGCUGCAGUUUGUGGAUUGGUGUUUGCGGAGAGUUUAGUGCUGACUAUUGUAGCGCCCCUCCUGCCUAUCACUGCCAGAGAAAAAGGUGUGUCAAAUUUUGAGGUCGGGAUAUUAUUUGGGGUAGCAUGGCUGGCUUCCGCUUUGUCUGGAAUAGUCCAUGGAAAACUGCUAUCCCGGAUAACACCUAAAUCGAUGUCGAUUGCGGGAUGUGUCGUUACAGCGCUGGCAGCCGUUGGAAUAGGGCUGGCAGGGGAGUUUUCACGUGGCCGCGUGGAAUUCCUACCCUCUCUCCUCGUCCUGAGGAUAAUCCAAGGUAGCGGUUUCUCCGCCAUAGCUGUGGCUGUGCAGGCCAUCCUGUCUGCUGAGAUGCCGGAGCAUGGUCUUGGGGUGCAGGCCGCAUAUCAGGGAAGCGUGGCCUUGGGGUUUACACUGUCCCCACCCAUAGCUGGAGGGCUGUACGCAGCUAAUGGUUUCUGGCUGCCGUUCAUUGUGAUGUCUGUGAUACUUGUCAUUAUCCUUAUCAUUGCUGUGAUUCCUUUACGACAUUUAAAAGGUCAAGUUGUGCAGCACAAGUCUGGGCAGUACUUUCCUCUUCUUCUGCAGCCGAGAGCCCUAUUAACAGUUGCACAUUCGUUGGUCAUCGCUGCCGUGUUCAGGUUCUUCGAAGGUUUUAUUCCAGUGCAUAUGCAUGAACAGUUUGGUUGGGGCCCGGCAGAAGUAGCCUGGUUAUUUACUGUCUGCGCUGUAGUUUUCCUCAUCUUUUUGCCCAUUUGGGUAAAACUGAAUUCAGCUAUAAUGGUAAGAUACUUGUAUCGAGUAAUGAUACUACUGUUUAAUUCCUUAGACUUCCAAUUAGACGUCUAA